GUACUACGCCACCGUGCACCCCCUGAAGAAGCACAUCUCGGUCACCAGCUGCGUCUCGGUGGUGGGGGGCAUCUGGCUGCUGUCCUGCGGGCUGGUGGCCCCCGCUGUUGCCCACACCUACCACGUGGAGUUUCGGCAGGAGGGCUUCGCCAUCUGCGAGGAGUUCUGGAUGGAGAAGGAGAUGCAGCGCCUGGCCUACGCCUACGGCACCCUGCUCAUCACCUACAUCCUGCCCCUCUCCGCCGUCUCCCUCUCCUACCUCUGCAUCUCGGUGAAGCUGAGGAACCACGUGGCGCCCGGCCACCCCACCCAGAGCCAAGCCGAGUUUGACCGCCUGAAGAAGAGGAAGAUCUUCCGCCUCAUCGUGCUGGUGGUGGCGGCUUUCGGGGUCUGCUGACUCCCCAUCCACGUCUUCAACAUCAUCCGGGACAUCGACAUCGGCCUCAUCAACAAGCACUACUUCCUCCUUAUCCAGCUGCUCUGCCACUGGUUCACCAUGAGCUCCUCCUGCUGCAACCCCUUCCUCUACGCCUGGCUGCACGACCGCUUCCGCGGGGAGCUGCGCAAGAUCUUCUCCUGCAAGAGGAGGAUCAUCCCCGCCAAGAGCUGCAGGGUCACCGCUGGUGUGCUCUGA